CUUCACUUCACAUUACUUUACUUUACUUUGUCCUAUCUUAUCUUCUUCUCUUACCCUUAUUUCUUCACACCUCUUUCUCUUCUUCUUCCUCUCUUUCUUUUCCUUUUCUUCACCCUCACUCCUCCCUUCCUCCCCCUCCUCUCCCCGCUCUUCCCUCUCUACCUCCCUACAGCAUGCUGACGGUGCUCCAUACGCUCGCCAACACCGCGGGCCUCUUCAGCAAGGACCCCGCUUCGCCCGUCCCAGAGCCUGCUAACCCCUCCCAAAAGAUCAACAAGGCCCUCCAGAACCUGCAUCUCGUCCGCAAGACCAUUCUCUCUCAGAACCUCGACGAGAACCAGGAACAGCUCGCCCUCGCCCGUCUCGACCAGCUCCUCGAUCAGAUCUCUGUCUCCUCGCUCGCUGCCCUCAACUACGCCCAGCUGAACGAUCUCGCUACAGCCCUUGCUGCAACCACCACCGCCUCCUCCAAGGAGCUCACUCAGAUCCUGGCCCAGAUUCGUUCUUCCUCAACAACCACCAUCAAAAAGACUAUCAUCACCACCACCAGGACCACUGUCUCCGACGAGGACGACAAUGUCUCCGUCACCAGCUCCGAGGGCCCUUCCUCGGCUGUAACCGUUGUCGACGAUCUCGAUCAGCUCACACUCUCUGUCCGAUCCAACCUCUCGCUCGGUAUCCAGAACGAGGCUGACCUCUUCCAGCUGGUCUCCGGCAACCUUGCUGUCGAGCAUGUCGCAUACUCCCUCAGCGAUCUCGUCUUCGUCUACCCCUCAACCUCCUCUCAAUCUUAUCUUGGACAUUCCUCGGAGCAGUGGUCCAAGGCUGGUUUGAGUAACGCUACCGGUGGAGCCCUCGUUCCUCAGGUCUUAAAAAUGUCGACUCGCUCCAACGCCGCCUCCGCAGUACUCGGUGCCGUUGCCUCUCAAGAAUCCCGGAGCAGUACUCUCUCGACCUUGGCUUCCUCGGCCGCCAUUGUCAAUAUGGUCCCUAAUCUCUACCAGAUUGCUCAGUCCAGCACCCCCGUCGUCUUCCACGUCGCUGCAGAGUCCGUUGAUGCUGAUCUGAACGUUCUUCGUGGCGACUAUUCGGAUGUGCUGGUCGCUCGCGAGACCGGUCUCUUGUACCUCGCCUCGAACUCUGUUCAGGAGGCUUACGACAUCUCAAUCCUCGCCCAUGCUGUUGCUUCAGGAACUAGCCAGUCUGUGAUCCAUGUCUUGGAUGGAGUGCAGACCAGCCAGCAGGUCGAGGCCAUCAAGACCGCUAAGGAUCAGGAUGUUACUGCGUUCAUCAAGCACGAGCACAACAAGUCGAUUUUGGGCCACGAUGAGGGUUCUCUCGUCUCUGGCAUCGAGGACAUUUUCGAGAGGGCUGCUACCCUCCUCGGUCGUCGCUACAAGGCUUUUGAGUACACUGGCCCUGAAGGUCCUGAGACCGUCGUCGUCGUCUUUGGCCCUGCUUACAAUGUUGCAAAGAACUUGGGCGAGAAGGUCGGUGUCCUGAACAUCCGUCUGUACCGUCCUUGGUCAUUCUCUCACUUUUUGAAGGCUAUCCCCUUGACUACCAAGACCGUUGUCGUCGUUGAGCCUGUCGCCAGCACUGCUGCUCAUGGCCCCAUCUUCCUGGACGUCUCGGCUUCCUUCAAUCUCUGGACUGGAGUUCGCCGUCCCACUGUCGUUGACGCAAAGUACGGAUCGUAUGGCUCUGUCCUCUCUCAAGGCUGGCUCAAGGCCCUUGUUCGCCAGGCUGCCGGUUCGCAGGGCAAAUUGGACCUCUCCGCUGUUGUUGCCGAUGAAGAGCAUGCUCAGGAGGAUGUGAGCCAGGUCAUCUUCUGGGAGACAGCAUCUUCUGCCGCUGUUUCUGCUCACGUUGCCAAGCAUUUCCAGACUGCCCUCGGCCACCGUGUCCACCACAGCUCACGCGUCAAUUCCUAUCGUCACAGCACUGUCAUCGAGACCCGUCUUCAAUACUCAAAAUCCCACACCGUUGAGUUUGCAGAGUCUGCUUUGGCUGACUACGCCUUUGUCCAGGAUGUGUCCGUCUUGGCCGAGUACAGGGUUGUGGACUCGCUUAAGGCAGGAGCUGUCCUCGUUCUAAAUGCCCCCUGGAGUGUGGAGGAGCUCGAAACAAAGACGUCAGCUGCCUUCCGAUUUACAUUGGGUGCCAAGCAGAUCCAGGUGCUCUUGAUCGAUCUCGCCCAUGUUGCCAAGGAGCUCGGCCUCUCUGGAGCCGGCAAGACCCUCCUUGGACAGGUUACCUUCCUGAAGACUCAUUCUUCCAGUUUGCGCGAAGCCGCCUUUGAGUCGAUCGAGCGCCAUUACGAGACUUCGAACGCCAAGGUGCUCAAGGAUUUGAUUUCAACCCUGGUUGAGCGUGUCGACAAGGAGGUUAUUGAGGUGCCCCAGAAUGCAAACUGGUUAUCGAUCGAGCUCGGCGAGGCAGACCAGGCCGCCUUGGCUCUCCCCAAGCGUGUGCAGCCCACGAUCCGUUCCACCGUCAACGCCUUCGAUGGUUCAGCGCCCAGCACCGAGGCCGAGGUCGAGGUCGCAGAGGAGAGCGAGGCCGUCCUGGCCAAGACCUCGAACUGGCACAAAGCUGCCUGGCAGCUCCUGUUCUCGGAGGCGUACGACACCAACCACAAGUUGUCGGACGAGGGUCACGCUUAUCUGGUCACCAUCACCGAGAAUCGCCGCUUAACUCCCAGCACUUACGAUCGCAAUGUUUUCCACCUCGAGUUUGACACUACUGACACUGGACUUCGCUAUGAGAUCGGUGAUGCGCUCGGAAUCCACGGCUGGAACGACACUCAGGAGGUUCUCGACUUUAUCGAGUUCUACGGCGAGAAGCCCGAGACGGUCGUAGUCGUACCCCGCGCUUUGGCCAAGAACGCGCCCGAGGGCACUCUCCCCCGUCACCAGACCAACAGUUUGUUCCAGAUCUUGCAGCAGACCUUGGAUCUCUUUGGCCGUCCUUCGAAGCGCUUUUAUGCUGAUCUGAUUCCAUAUGCAACCAAUGCCACCGAGAAGGAGCGCCUGUCGUACCUUAUCUCGCCCGAGGGAGCUGCCGAAUUCAAGGACCGUGUGGACGAGACCUUGACCCAUGCAGACAUCUUGCGUGAGUUCCCUUCGGCCCAUCCCUCUAUUCCUCAUCUCAUCAACAUGCUGCCAGCCAUCAAGCCCCGUCAUUACUCGAUCGCGUCUUCGAUGAAGGCCCACCCCAACUCUGUGCAUCUCUUGGUCGUCGCCGUAGAGUGGGCUGCGCCCUCGGGCAAGGCACGCUUUGGUCAGUGCACACGCUACUUAACUUCGCUGGGAGUCGGUGCCAAGGUGACAGUGUCGAUCAAGCCCUCGGUCAUGACCCUGCCCCCCUCGCCCCACCAGCCGGUCAUCAUGGCAGGUUUGGGAACUGGAAUGGCUCCCUUCCGCGCUUUUAUCCAGGAACGUGCCUGGCAAAAGGCUCAGGGUAUGGAAGUUGGGCCUAUGAUCCUUUACUUUGGAUCGCGUAACCGAUCAAAUGAGUACCUGUACGGCGAGGAGCUCGAGGCAUACCACGCCGAUGGUCUCUUGACACAUCUGCGCCUGGCCUUCUCUCGCGACCAGAAGGAGAAGAUCUACAUUCAGCACAAGAUGAACGAAGAUGGCAAGCUGUUGCACAAGUACCUGCUCGACAGCCAUUUGAAUGGCCACUUUUACCUGUGCGGACCAACCUGGCCCGCUGGCGAUGUUAAGGAUGCGAUUGUUCAGAGCUUUAUGGAUGGCGAGCAGUGCGCUGAGAUUGACGCUAACCGUAUUGUGAACAAGUUGAAGGAGGGAGAGCGCUACGUCCUGGAGGUUUACUAAAUAAGAAGGAGUUGCUUUCUUUUCUUCUUUUUUGCAUUCUAAUAAACACGCAUUCGCAUCUUCCC